AUGUUUGAAAAGACCCAAGCUUUGCCACUGCCAUGGUCACUCGCCAAUGGGGACGGGACCCUGAGAAAAACCAGCAAAGCCGUUCUGGCCAGGGAACUGGAGAAGCAAGUCUUACCAGGAGAGACCAUCCCUGAGCCAUCUGCUACCAUCAUCGAUGGGAUGAGUCUGGUUCAGAAGAUGAAGGGCAAUGAGCAGACCUUCUCUCAACUUGCAGACUCGUGGGGGGAUAUUCACCAAUGUCCCGGCCCAUCUCCUACGUGUGAAGCGUGUGGCGAGUUUGGCGUCUUAGAACGCGGAUAUGUAUCCGAAAACAUCUACAGGAGCAGCGCUGUGACUCCUCAGGUAAGCACGGUGGAUUGGGGUACUUCCAUUGAGUUUGCUGGCAUUUCAACUAACGCGGAUUCUGCUGGUUUCACGACUGUGGGGGACGCGGCGAUACUGACGGUGGCCGGUACCGGGAGAGGAGAAAGGAGUGGGCGGGCUGCCGGAGACCGCUUACCGGGUGUAGAGGCUGAGUGCUCGGGAAGAGGUCCCAAAGAAGUGGCGGCUGGUGCGGCUGUCAGCCUCGGCUUGAGGAGCAGUCUUGGCAGGGAGGCGGCGAUUGAAGCGAUGAGUUGUCCGUGGAGCGAUCUUGGACAGAUGGUGACUGAAACAACUCGAUACUUGGAGGAUAACGUUAAUCACCGGAAUGUGGUCACUUAGCCGUGUUCCUUCUGGCAGGGGGACUGCCAAUGGAAAUUAGCCU